AUGGAACCCGGCCAUCUACUAUCUCCGGGGCACUCCGCACUUCGCAACCCCACACUCGAAACUCACUCUUACUCCGGCCCCAUCCGCCACACACGACCGACUCACAUCGCAAAACCACCCUCGGGGGGGAGGCUUGGGUUGGGCACAACCACGCAGGCGGCAGCUGGCCUCGUGCAGACCCACAUCGGGGGGCGCACCCCGGCCUCCAAACUAGUCGAGGCCCCUCUCAAAACAGGUCGCUGCUCACUACGGCGGCCAGCCCACCCCGCUCACCCGUCGACACCAACUCAACGACCCCACACCCCGACCCUUGUCACGCUCCCCAUUCUUCUUCCCCUCACCCCCCCUCCGCCCUUCCAGAGGGAUCAUGCGAGAGGGCCGCUGGGCCCCUAG